UUAUGACCACUUAAUCCUGACUUCUGGUCUCCCGAAGACUAAAAAUGAAUGUUGAUAGUACAUGGUUGGUGUACAUCAGCUACUCGUUAUCUGGAUUCUUUUAUUGAUAUGGCCCCAGAAAACUAACGGAAGAUCAGGGGCCCUCAUUCCCGCAUUUGGCAACAUGUCCAACCUCAGCAAGAACUUGUUACGUCUCCUCAACAGCACUGAACUUAUGAGCCGCGUCUCUUUAACAUGACUCGGUAACAAAGCUAAACGCCCUCUUAUUUGUCGAUACAGAAAAUCUGCAUUUUCCAUCCGUUGCGAUACUGCAGUCUGCCUAUGUUCCGACACCUCCGCCUGUCAAACCUGAUUUCAACUAUCGUCAUCAAUCAUGGCUCCAGCUCAUAGCUAUGGCUCGUCCGGCGGACCAAUCUCAUUUUUGAGGAGAUAUUGGAAGACAACUCAUGCGCCUGAUUAUGUCGGCUUCCUAUUUCUCUUAACAGGCUGGAUCUUGACGGUCCUCUUCGUCAACCCAUUUCACCGCAUGUUCUUCAUAAACGACCUGCAGAUCUCGUAUCCCUUUGCGGUCCAUGAGCGUGUCCCUGUCUUUAUGAACUUCGUAUACGCCCUUUUCAUACCGCUGGGAGUCUUAAUCGCUUACAACGUAAUCGCAAGGUCAUCAGCGGCCAAGCAUGAAGUCACUUACCUCUCGUUCCUUAUCUCUAUUGUACUCACAUCCUUCAUCACUGACAUCAUCAAGAAUGCUGUUGGCAGGCCUCGUCCUGAUCUGCUAGACCGCUGCAAGCCCGCAAUCGGCACAAAGGCCAACACCCUUGUAACCAUCGAUGUCUGCACGGCAGAAGAUGGCCAUAUACUGCAAGAGGGCUGGCGAUCAUUCCCUUCUGGCCACUCAUCCUUCUCAUUCGCUGGCCUUGGUUUUCUCAGCCUCUUCCUCGCCGGCCAACUCCAUGUGUUCCGUUACUCGGCUGGCGGUCGUGAUCUCAGCCGCGCGUUGGUCUGCCUACUGCCACUCAUCGGUGCAGGUCUUGUCGCUAUAUCGAGAUGCGAGGAUUAUCGCCACGACGUCUACGAUGUCUGCGUAGGCUCAGCUCUAGGCAUGAGCAUUGCGUAUUGGAGCUACAGACGGCACUUUCCCCGCCUCUCAAGUACGAAAUGCGACGAGCCUUAUCCACGACCAGGAGUUGACACUCAGCCGGGAUGGCAACGAGUCACCGAUGAUGAGGAGGCAGCAAGAGGGACAGAUGUAGGAUUCGAGAUGGAAAACUUGAGAGGUUCGCGACGCUGAUAUUGGGGACUAGGAAUAGUUUGCGUGCUUGUCCGAGAUGCUCUGGCUUAGCCUGCAUUGCAUUACUCUUUCAUCGAAGCAUCAUGUGCUCGACAACACUUUUAGACUUGGUCAAGCCAGGCGUUGGAUAAGUCUCGUUUUGUGGUCAUUUCAUGAUAUUAUUGUACAGGGGCAGAUAAGAGUGGCCCCGCAUUCCUUUCUCCCCAUCUAUCAAGAAUCUAUAGCCUUGUUGCUUACUUUUCCUCUGUCUCCUCGUUCUUCGCCAGGUCAUGCUCCUUCAACAGCGCCGUAAUCUCGUCAGCACUCCACAGGCGGUGGUAGAUCUUGCCGUCCUUGGUCUGUCCUACUGUCGCGAAUUCAACUAGAAGUGAUAUUAGCGGGAGUUCUGGUACAUAUUCAUAGACACGACAUACUCUUCUCGCUGCUCAGCUUGGUAGAAUCCAUC